UCUAGCCCUGAAUAAGGCAACAACCCUUAAUCCAGUCCAGUAACCGAUCCGAGAAGCGAUCAUGUGUCAGAAGUGAAAGUGAAAGAAGAACCGUCUGCAGUUCUGGGCGUCAAAAACGCUGACGCACCGACUCUUUGUCUAAAGUGAGGUUAAAGAUGUUAAACAUAUCUACAAAGACACCGACGGGAGGAUUCUCUUUUGAGAACACACGCAGAAAUGCUGUUCUUGAAGCAAACUUGUCAGAGAAAGGUUACAGUGCGCCAAACGCCAGGAAGACUGGCACUACCAUCGCUGGCCUUAUAUUCAAAGAUGGAGUGAUUUUAGGUGCAGACACUAGAGCCACGGAUGAUAUGGUCGUUGCUGAUAAAAACUGUAUGAAAAUCCAUUAUAUAGCCCCCAAAAUAUAUUGCUGUGGUGCAGGUGUUGCAGCAGAUGCUGAGGUCACUACUCAGAUGAUGUCAUCAAAUGUGGAACUGCAUUCACUUAACACAGGACGGCCUCCUCUUGUUGCCAUGGUGACCAGACAGCUCAAACAGAUGCUGUUUAGGUAUCAGGGGCACAUCGGUUCUUCUCUAAUUGUGGGAGGUGUGGAUGUCAAUGGCCCACAGCUCUAUAGCAUCUACCCUCAUGGUUCCUAUGAUAAGCUGCCUUUCCUUACCAUGGGUUCUGGAGCAGCUUCUGCCAUUUCUGUAUUUGAGGACCGUUACAAGCCAAACAUGGAGCUGGAGGAAGCUAAGCAGCUGGUGAGAGAUGCCAUCUCCGCUGGCAUCUUCUGUGAUCUGGGUUCUGGCAGCAAUGUAGACCUGUGUGUGAUCACAGACAAAACUGUGGACUAUCUGAGAGGAUACGACCAGCCUGUUCAGAAAGGAUUGAGGGAGGGUACGUACAGAUACAAGCCUGGCACUACUGCUGUGCUCACAAAAACAGUGACUCCAUUAACGCUGGAUCUUGUCGAUGAAUCUGUCCAAGUGAUGGACACAGAAUGAGACGAAAUAAAUUGUUUCCUUCAAUUAUCGGAAAAUAUGAGGGAUACUGUACGUGUUUAAAAGUUGAGAUUAAGGAAAAGAAAAAGUACUUUUCCUUUUUUUGAUUUAAAAAAUAUUUUUUACCUUUCCCCUGUAUCCAGUCUCUUGCAUUUGAACUGCUCAAAACUGUUUUGCAAACAUUGUAAAAUAUUGAAGAGACCUGAUGAAUGCUGAAUAAAACAUUUCUAUACACCUGUCAGAUAAAAGAUA